AUGAAGUCUGCCGCUUUACUGGUGCUGGUCCUAGUGAUAGCUGCGGAAGGGGCGGUCCCUUACCGGGCGGUCCCUUACCGUCGACCCCUUGUGCAGACGCUCGAAUACAAUGAGGAUGCUGACUUGGAUACGCCCGAGCUGAUCCGGAAGUACGGCUACCCAGUGGAGGAGCACUUCGCGACGACGGCUGACGGCUACAUUCUGCGCAUGUACCGGAUCCCCUCCAGCCCCAAGGCCAAGGACCCGUCCGGCUACCCCAUCCUGCUCGUCCACGGCCUCGAGUCCAGCGCCGCAGACUGGGUGGUCAUGGGGCCUGACAAGGCUUUUGCAUACAUUCUGGCAGACGCUGGCUUCGACGUAUGGCUUGGAAACGCACGUGGCAACAAGUACUCCAGGAACCAUACUACCAUUAAUCCGGACGACAGCGAGUUCUGGCAAUUCAGUUGGCACGAGAUCGGCUACUACGACCUGCCGGCCAAGAUCGACUACAUCCUGGCCAAGACGGGCCAGAGCGACCUGUACUACGCUGGCCACUCCCAGGGCACCACUUCCUUCUACGUGAUGGCGACAAUGCGACCCGAGUACAACGACAAGAUCCGCGUCAUGUUCAGCCUGGCUCCCGUCGCCUUCAUGGACCACAUGUUCAAUCCACUCUUGCAAAUUGUGUCGCAGUUCAUAGACCAAGUGGAGGUGCUUCUUCAGAUGAUAGGAAUGAAUGAGUUCAACCCGAACAGUGAGUUCGUGCAGCUCGUAGGGGAACUCAUGUGCAGUGACGAAGCUUUCACACAGGAUAUAUGCGCCAAUAUCAUGUUCAUGAUUGGUGGCUUCAACGAAGCAGAACUGAACAAGACGAUGCUGCCCGUGAUUCUCGCCCACUCUCCAGCAGGCGCCGGUAGCAGGCAGUUCAUCCACUACGGACAGGAGAUCAAGAGCGGUCACUUCCGCCAGUACGACCAUGGAAUGUUCGGCAACCUGGAGAAGUACGGCAGCUUCUGGCCGCCAGACUACGACCUGAGCAAAAUCACCGCCCAAGUGGCGCUCUUCUACAGCAACAACGACUGGCUAGCGGCUGUGAAGGAUGUGGACAGACUGUACGACAAGCUACCAAAUUGCAUAGGCCGCUUCCUCGUAUCGCUGGAUUCAUUCAACCACCUCGACUACGUAUGGGCCAUCCACGCUAAGGAACUAGUCUACGACAAAGUCAUUAGCCUCAUGAAUAGAUAUUUGUAA